GGAGGAUCGGGGCGUGGUUAUAGAGGAACGGGGGGCGUGGCAUCGACUGGUGGGGGCGUGGCCGCGUAGGUGACACCGCCUCCUCACCUGCCUGCCGCGUCGUCGUCUUCCCCCAAGCGAGUGGAGAGGCGGAAGCGAGUCGAGCUGUCGGGAGCGCAAGGUGAGACACAUCAGGAACGAUGUACAGACAACCUCGGUCAAAUGAUGACCCUCCUCCAUACAAUGGCUCCCAGCAAGGCUAUGCCCAACCAAUGUUCGACAGGCAGCUCAUGUACGGCUCUCGUGGUCCCACGGGAGACUUCAAUGCGGAGCCGGUGAUGUUGCCUCACUCUCAGGCUGCCUCCUGGUACCCAGACCAAGCCGAUGCCCGCUCCAGGGUACCUCCGGGUUCGUACUACGUAGGCAGCGAGUACCCGGAGGAUCUUGGGCCCAUCGACUUCAAGUCUUGGCGUUCCCCACCGGGAGUCAUCCGCAUCCUGCAGGGAAUUGCCCUGCUAAUGUGCGCUGCCAUCUUCGCUUGCGUCGCCUCCACCCUGCAAUGGGACCUUGACACGGGUACUGGAUUGUCCGGUGGGAUGGGUGGCUACGGAACGGGCUAUGGCGGAGGCAGCUAUGGCGGAGGCAGCUAUGGGGGUGCAUACGGUACCGGCUUUGGAGGAUAUGGCACAGGCUACGGAACCGGGGGAAUGUACGGGAUCUAUACCGAUCCCAAGGCUGGCAAGGCCUUCAUGAUGGCCAUGGUCCUGAUAUGUUUUGGCGUAGUGGUCGCCCUGUUCAUCAUGAGUUCCAUCAAGUCGAAGAUGGCUCGAACACGGCGCUUCUACCUCAUCACCAUCAUCUGCUGCGCUGUGCUGGCUGUGCUGGUGCUCAUCGCCACCAUUGUUUAUAUCAUGGCGGUGAAUCCCACGGCCCAGUCUACUGGUUCCAUCUACUACACACAAAUUAUGGCGCUUUGCAACCAGUUCUACAUGCCCACCACCACUGGGUACUACUGGAACCAAUAUCUCUACCACUACUGCGUUGUUGACCCACAAGAGGCCAUUGCCAUUGUGUGUGGCUUUAUGCUGGUCAUUGCCCUGCUUCUCAUGAUCUUCUUCGCCUGGAAGACCAGACGCCAGAUGAACAAAUAUGGGAAGCAUAACGUCAUGUGGGACAAAGCUACUGUGCCCGAUGUGGAGGAAUGGGUCAACAAUCUGGAACCAGUGGAAGGAGGAGAGGGGAUGGACAUGAAAGGUAAUGGCCUGAUGAAGCAAGGAGAUGGGAAUGAGUCAAGGUUGGAGUCUGCAUUGCCUGUUAACGGCAUGUCCUACAGUCCUGAACCCUCGGCUCCGUCUCACGCGGUCCCCCUGAUGAACUCGCAGCCCUCCCGGCCUCUGAGCAGCGACUCGUCAGAGCCGCGCCAGCCCCCGAAGCGCCGGCCGCGGCGCAAGCGCAAGCCCAAAGCACAGCAGCACGACGGCGAGGAAUCGUACUAUGACACGGACUACACAACCGGCGCCGAGUCCUGCGAAGAGCUCGACGAGCAGGAUGAUGACCUGGAGAGGAAAUACCCUCCGAUAACCUCGGACUCGCAAAGGCAGGAGUACAAGCGGGACUUUGAGACAGUGAUGCAAAGCUACAAGCGCCUGCAGACUGAGCAAGAUGAUCUCCAUCGACAGCUGACGGAGCUUGACAAGCAGCUGGACACCCUGGACUCCGAGACCAGCGAGUACCGGGAUGCAGCCGAACAGUUUAACAGACUGAAAGACAUCAAACAAACACAGGGCUACAAGGACAAGAAGCAGCACUGCAAAGAGCUCAAGCGCACCGUCACUCACAUCAAGCAGAUGGUUUCCGACUAUGAUCGCGCCAAGUAAGAAGCCAUUUUUUUAGGGAGCCUUUGACAGAGCAUGGUAUGUCAUUUUGGCUUUUUAUUCUUGGUGGGUUUUUUAAGCUUAAGUAGUUGAAUAAGUCGUUCACUCCUCAAAACCUUUUUUUGAUAAGUGCCGAGGUAAGAUCAUUUGGCCCAUUGGUCAUUGAAUUAUUUUGGUCCAUGUCUUUUUUAAUAGAAAAUAAACUGCUACUCUUUUAUUUUGAUGUCAUAAAAAAUAUUUUGUCCUUAAAUGUGUUAUUAGCUGCAAUACUGAUUAUUUUGUGACGUUGCGUUCUACUGAUUGUGCAUUAAACUGGUGGGCUCAUAUGGAAAUGCUUAAUGUGCGAGGAGAAAUAUAAUGCUCUAAACGUCUUAAGCGACAGCAGCGUACACUUAGGCUCAUAUUCUUAGUCACAGCUCAGCACAGGCUCUGGCUCCAGCGAGCCGGCUCAAAGCCAUGCUGAACUUGAGCCCGGCUCUGAGCAUGGUUCCCAACCAUCCCCAGGGUGUCCACGAGCUGAGCUUAAGCCAUGGCUGAGUCAGUCAUCCAUCUUUGAAAGAAAUUGACCAACUGAAGCCUGAGCUGAGUCAUUUUUUAGGCUAGGCCAGAGCGGAGCUGUGACUAAGAAUAUGGCCCCUAAGAGUAGAGCUACACACUUUUGCCUAUUUCCCACAUUUAGUCAGUUCACUGAUGGAUGAAGGACUCCACACCACGUGCCGGCAAUGAAGGGUCUUGUUUGACGAUUCUUCACCGGGCUGGUCUGUGUGGGUUGGUGGGAGGGGCCAGGGGGAGUGUGAGGGUGGAGGACCAGUUAAGAUUACACUCGCCACUGGUGUUAGCUGUGACCAAGGAAUCCAUGCCAGGUCACUGGGUUCAGUGCAGUGUGACAACCAAUGUGCCACUGCUCAACCCCAUUUGUAUAUCCCUAAAACGUGAAUAUGUUGCAGAUUUGACAUUGUGUGCACGCCUGCAUUCUUAAUUGCACACGACGUAUAUGUACACACUGGUUUAGAGACACCUCUCUGGGCUAUAUUAUCACGUGGUGGUUUUAACAUCGAACAAUUCCUGAAAGAGCAAUCAACUGACAAAUAGUUGGAAUUUGCUUUAUCAGAAUGUGUUAAUCUGCAAUGGAUCCUUUGCCAUUAAUUCAGGUAAUGGUCUACUGUAAUUAUGUAUUGUGGGAAGAGUGAAUCGAAUAGAAGAUGUACAAUUUAAGAUAAUUACUGCAUAUUAACUUUAAUAGUCUUAAUUGAGAUUCAUAUACUUUUGUUAGUAUGUGUACCUUCAUGCAUGAAUUUAAUUAAUUACACUUUGACCUUACUCUGACGGGCCUUGAUUUGCUGUGAUCUCUGUGUAAAGGACUUUGUGGUCUCUAUAUAACAUUGGAAUGCAAUGCCUUUUGAAAGCAGAAUUAAUAAAAGUACUCUAAAAGGUAAAAAAAAAAGAAUUCUACAAUAUAACUUGAGAUGCGGUGAAAUUUGUUAUCGCACUGGCCUUGCAAUCCAGAGGUCACCAGGGCAUCCUCCUGGCACGGCAGUUGAAACAAUGGGCCAAUAUGAUAAGUCCCCACCUGCCUCUGUCCACCCAGCAGUAUAAAUGGGUACCACCACAGUUAAGUCGAUCGGUCGGUCGCAUGUGCUGGGCAAGAAUCGGCCAAAUACUCUCCAGAAGGGAUUUCUGGAGCCUCCCUCUAGUGGGAGGCCCUGUCAUCAGUAGUAGUGCAAGCAAGCAGUUGCAGGGCUGCACCUUUAUCUUUUACAACAUGACUUGUCAUGCAACAAUAAAUUGUAUUUGGACGUAAGGUGAUCGUACAAAUUGGUUAUAACUGGAGAUUGCUUGGGCAGUUUUGCCUGUUUAGAUCAAGGUUCAAGCCUAAUUUAUAGAGGGGAUAUUGAACUAAGCUUGGUUAAGGAUAAUGUUUUAAAGCAUGACACCUAGCAAUUCAACACUGUAAAGAUGUGUGUAACUGGACAUCUGUGAAAAGAGCUUCAUAGCUCAUCGGAUUUCUCCAGGAUAAGUAAAGAUUCUGUAAUAUUUUUUGACUGAUUAUAAAGAAAUGUUCACCCUCAGUAGACCAAUGAAUGUGAUCGUUUGAAAGAAAAAAUAAUGUACAACACAUUUGGUAACAGCACAUGUAUGUAAAAUAUGUUUUUUUUAAGCUCGUGGUAUUAAAACGUUUGUGUGUGUGUUUGGUAUGUGUAUAUCAAUUACUUGCUUUGACAUAUAACAAAAAUGUUUAUGGUCAUUUUAAGUUGGGUAAGUUUCGAUACCGCUUGAUCGUGUCUGGUGGUGGGAAUUUAUUUGUAAGUUCAUUUUAAACAUAAUAUUCACAUUCUAGACUUAACAUUUGUAUUUUUUCUCAUAGAAUGUAAACUUUGUUGAUACACUCAGACAAAAAAAUAAACUCUUUUUGUUAAAUACCAUGAA